GGCAGACAGACAGACGGACUCCUGGGGUCUGCCGGCAGUCACAAUGUCCAGAGGGCCUCUCUUUCUCUGGCUGCUGACUACGCUGUGGAGGCUUUAUCUGACUCCCGCUGCAGCAGAGACUGUCGUGACAGCACUUCUGGGUCAGCCGGCCACUCUGCCCUGUAUUUACCCAUCGUGGUCCGUCAACAGCAACAGCAUGUGCUGGGGCAAAGGCCCGUGUCCCAACUCCAGAUGCACCGAGGAGCUCCUCCACACUGACGGGGCACGGGUGCUCUCAAGGAGGUCAAUGAAGUAUGACAUUUGGGGGGACAUCAGCAGAGGCGAUGUCUCCUUGACCAUCUUCAAUACUAAGGAAGGUGACAGCGCUGUGUACUGCUGCCGCAUAGAGGUGCCUGGCUGGUUUAAUGACAUCAAGAGGAACAUUCGCCUGCAGCUACAGAAAGCCUCAACGACCACCAGUCGCCCGACUACCACCACCACCAUCACCACCACCACCACCACCACCACCACCACCACCGCUGCCAUGACAACCACCACAGCCAUGCCUUCAACAACAGUCCUGACUACCCCUGACCUCCCAGCCACAACAUUGCUUCAGACAAAACCCACCACCGCCCUCACAGUGGCGACGACCACAUGCCCCCUGGCGGUGCCAAGCACCCUUCCUGAGGCAACCAAAAGUCUCCCGACCACUGAGCCUGGCACAGAAGAGCCCUCGCUCACUGCAGAAUCAGAAACUUCCUUUCUCCCUAAGGUGACUUCUGGAGACACAGCCGGAGAGUCCAAAGGCUGGGUUCUCCGGUCAACAUCACAGGCAUUGACAUCAAAAAGGACAGACCCAGGGUUUUCUUCUCAGCCAAAGGGCUCUGAGACGACAACCCUUGGGCAAAUUAAAGUUGAAAAAAACCCGAUACACCAGCUGGGCAGCUCCCUUCUGCUGAAGAUCAUUGGUUCCUCCCUGGCCUUUGUGCUGUGUGCAUGCACAUUGAUUGUGGUGUUUUACCAUCGAGAGAAAGUCAUGAAAACCAAUUGCUUCCACAAACACACCAGGGUUGGAGAGAUGUGACGUUAGAGGUGAAAAAGAGGUGGGGAUUCAGCUCACAUUCAAAAGGCACAUGCAAAGACAGGUUGCAUUAAUAGAAGUAUGACGUGCAAAAGAAAGAAGGUGAUGCAUCACUCCGUGCUAGAAGUUCUUCAUUCAGCUCUGGGCAACUUACUUUAAAAGGACAUUGUUACACUAGAGUUCAUAGAAAGGAGAGUCGGCAGUAUGAAAAAUGAAAAAAGCACAUAGAAUAUCAUUCCUGGAAUAUAUGGUUUCCUCUGCCAAAUUAGAUCAUAGGAGCAUUUUAAAAAAUAGUCUGACAAGUCUCUAGAAAAGGAUUUUGGA